AUGAGUUUGAUGUAUAAGACUCCAUCCCCUAGCAUUAGACAUAUAUCAAGUCGAAGAGUCAAUACUGUAACCAGUGAUAGACAAGCUCUUAUAGAUCGAAAUAAUCUUGAACUUGAUUAUCAAUCCAUAACAGCAGCAUCUCGUAUGCCAAUCAAUGAUAAUAUCAGCAUUCAUAAUAUAAGUAAUAGUAAUACCCUCCAUCAUCCUCCAAUUCCAAAUCAAAAAAGUCCAAGUCCAACUCAUUUAAGUCCUCCUACAAAUUCUUCUGCUCAUAAAGAUAAUACCGAUGUAGAGUCAAUCAUAUAUCAAUUUGGUUUACCAACUCAAAUGAUUCAUACUCAUUCAAAUCUUCAAACGGUAUACCCUCCAUUAGCAGAAGAAGAAAGUGUUCAUGAUUAUGUUCCAGGUUCAGCUCAAAAUCUUGAAGGCUUACAAUGGAGUGAAAUGCUUCCUUAUUAUUUACCAUUCUUAUCUUGGGUCAAACAUUAUACUCCUGCUUUUUUUAUCGGGGAUUUAAUCGGAGGUUUAACCUUGGUGUUCUUUCAAUUACCUUUAUCCCUUUCAUAUGCUACCUCCUUAGCUCAUGUCCCUGUUUUAUCAGGUUUAUUAUCCUUAGGGAUAUCACCCUUAAUAUAUUUAAUCUUUGGAAGUGUGCCUCAAAUGGUGGUAGGUCCAGAAGGUCCUAUUUCAUUAAUUGUGGGUCAAGCUGUUGAACCAUUAUUACAUCAUUCCAAUAAAAAAGAAUUAGACCCUAUGGAGUAUGUGGUGGCCAUAACUUUCGUCAGUGGGGCCAGUUUAUUAGGAUUCGGAUUAGGUAGAUUUGGAUUCUUAGAUAAUGUUUUAAGUGCAUCUUUAUUAAAGGGGUUUAUAAGUGGUGUUGGGUUAGUUAUGGUGAUUAAUUCAUUAGUCGUGGUUAUGGGAUUAGAAGAAUUAUUAAAGAAAAUAUCCGAUGAUCCUUCAGCAAUGGAUAUUCAUUCACCAUUCGAUAAAGUCCGAUUCCUUUUCGGACAUUAUAAUCAAUUACAUGAAUUAAGUUUUACCAUCAGUAUGACGGGAUUUGUCAUUAUAAUGGCCAUCAGAAUAUUUAAAAAAUAUGCCGCUAAAAAUAGUAAGAAAAAUUCAUUUUAUGAUAAAGCAGUAUUCAUUCCCGAAAUUUUAAUCGUAGUGGGGAUUUCAACUUGGUUAUGUUCAAUAUAUCGUUGGGAUCAAGAAGGUAUAAAAAUCAUCGGUACAGUUCAUAAAGGUGGGGCAUUACAAUUAUAUAAUCCAUUCACAGCAAAAAUGUGGCCUUUAAUUAAAAGCCUUAGUACUUCAGGAUUCCUUUGUGCCAUGUUAGGAUUUUUUGAAUCAACUACCGCUUCAAAAUCAUUAGGUUCAACCUAUGAUUUACCUAUCUCAUCAAAUCGUGAAUUAGUAGCAUUAGGAUCCAUCAAUAUAGUCGGAUCAUUCGUUGGUGCUUUACCUGCUUUCGGAGGUUAUGGCAGAAGUAAAAUUAAUGCUAUUUUCGCCAAGACUACAUUACUGGGAGGUAUUAUGGGGAUUUGUACAUUAUUCACCAUUGGAUUUUUACUUGAUUUCUUAUAUUUCGUACCGGAAUGUAUGUUAAGUGUUAUAACUGCUGUCAUUGGUAUUUCCUUAAUGGAAGAAGCUCCUUUUGAAGUUUAUUUCCAUUGGAAAGCUCGUGGUUACAAUGAAUUAAUCACAUUUGGUGUUACUGUUCUUACCACUUUAUUCUUUUCUAUGGAAGGUGGUAUUGCAGUGGGAUUGAUUUAUCUGUUAAUUCGAGUUAUAAGACAUUCUGCCCAAUCUAGAAUUCAAAUUUUAGGAAGAUACCCUGGUUCAAAUACUUUCCUUGAUGCAGAUAUACCGGAUGCAGCAUUAAUUCAUUUAAAUGCUAAUUCAAAUCAAGGUGGUGUUGGUAGUGAUUUCACUAAUGAUAUGGCUGAAAAAUUAAAACUUCAAAAAUAUAAUUAUUUUGGCGAUGAAAACUUUACUCAUUUAAAUACUCAUGUACUUGAAGAAAUUGAAGGAUGUUUAAUUAUCAGAAUUCCAGAACCUUUAACCUUCACUAAUAGCAGUGAUUUAAGAUCUCGUCUUAAAAGAGUUGAAAUGUAUGGAUCUACCAAAGCUCAUCCUGCUAUGAAACCUCGUAGAAAUGCAUCUAUGACAAAUUAUAUUAUCUUUGAUUUAAAAGGUAUGACAGAAAUUGAUUCAUCCGCCGCCCAAAUCUUAAAGGAUUUAAUCUUAGGUUAUAGAGGUAGGAAAAUUCAUUCAUUCUUUGUGAGAGUUAAUAAAAAUGCCAAAUUAAGAAAGAGAUUAUUAAAUACUGGAAUUGUUGAUCUUUUAAUUGCUGAUCUUGAUGCAUUGAAUUAUUUUGAUUCUCAAAAGAGACAAGCUUAUAGUCGAAUGAAACGUAGAAGAAGUUUAACUGAAUCCCCCGAGAUCAAUUUCGAAGGUGAAGGUGCCGAUGAUGAUGACGAAGAAGCUAUCCCUAUUGAUAUUGAUGAAUCCUCUGAGAUUUAUGAUUUGAUUGAAACUAAAGAAGAACCAUAUUUUGAUCAUAUAAGUGAUGCCUUAAAAGUGAUUGAUUUUUAUGAAGUUAAUCUGCUGCAUAAUAGUGCUAGAACAGGUGAUUAUUUAGAAGUAGAUCAGACUGUCAAGACAAGAUCGAGUCUCCCUCCUGAUACCCUUGUGUGA